GCAUUAAUUUGUUUGGGCAGUAACGCUCACAUAUCUAUUCAGCAUGUUGAGGUGCCAGACAGUAACUGUGUUAUUGGUAGUUAUCCUGCAGGUCACAACAGUGACAGUGCAUGGAGCACCAGAAGAGUCACAGGGUCAUGAAGCAGAAAGGAUAGUUGGAGGUCAAGAUGCGGAGCAAGGGAUGUAUCCUUGGACGGUUGCCCUGUUUUACAAUAACCAGUUCAUCUGCACCGCAUCAGUUAUUUCCCCCACAAAUGUCAUGACAGCUGCUCAUUGUGUUGUCUUUGAAGGGGUUGUCCAGCCCGCUGAAUCCUUCUACGGCAUUGCCGGUAACGUAAACAAGAGUUCGCCGGUCUACCGCGUCAACUUCGCAACCGUCACCCCUCAUCCCGAGUACGAGAACCUCGACAACGAUGUGGCCAUCUUCAGAACGACGGAACCUAUUCCAAUUAGUGACGAGUUGAGACCGAUAUGCAUUGCCGCAGCAGACUCUGAUGCUGAAUAUACCACUGCUCUUAUAAUGGGAUGGGGACGUACGAAUAGAGUUAGAAUUUUGCCCACCAGGAUUCCUGAUAUCUUGCAAUGGGGAAAUCAAAGAAUAGUACCGAACGAACAAUGUGGGGUCAUUUAUGGUGGAGCUGUAGACGAAAAUAAAAUAUGUGCAACCGGCAGGAGGACUGGCGUUUGCAAUGGUGAUUCUGGAGGACCUCUUGUCCACAUGCGUGAUGACACACCAAUCCAGAUCGGUGUCACUUCCUUUGUGAAUGCUCUGAUUGGCUGCGGAAAGACUUUCGGACCCGCUGCAUUCACCCGAGUCAGCAGAUACAACGAGUUCAUCAUGUCGAACGCGGACAACGUGUGCGUGGAAUGAUUUACAGCAAAAUGCAAUUCAAUCAACGAAAUUGUUGAAGAUCAGAAAACAUGUUGUAAUCUGUAAUUUAUGCCGAACCCAUGUUUGUAGAAUAAAUACUGUUUCGAAUGUA